AAAUGGCACUUUUUAUUGGAAGAUUGCCUUUUGACGUCUCAAACCGUGAACUAGAAGAUCUGUUUUCAAAGUAUGGCAAGAUCACUCGCCUUGAUAUAAAAAGAGGAUUUGGAUUUUUGGAAUUCGAGGAUAAGCGUGAUGCCGAAGAUGCCAUGAAGGGUGUCCAUGGCAAGGAACUCGGCCGUGAACCUUUGAUUGUAGAGUGGGCCAAGAGUGAUGGUGUAAGACGUAUGGGAGAUGGAAAGUGUUUUUCAUGCGGUAAAGAAGGCCAUCGUGCCAGAGACUGUUUUGAGGGUGGAGAUAAGCGUGGAGGAGGAGAUCAUGGUGACAGACGCAGUGACCGUAAAGACCGUGACCGUGGCGACCGUGGUGACCGUGGAGACCGUGGUGACCGUGGUGACCGUGGUGACCGUGGAGAUCGCGAUCGCUCUCCUAGACGAGACUCUGGCCGUGAUCGUGAAAGAAGACGUCCUUCCUAUCGUGACAGAGAAGACCGCGGUAGAUCACCCCAUCACUCUGACCGACGUGGCCAGGAUAGACGUGAAGAGAGAGGCGAACGCGACUCUCGCAAGGAACGCAGCCCAGAGAAGGAAAAGACUGACGAAGAUUAAGCUCAUAUAAUACCAAACCAAACCAAACCAAACCAAACCAAAUUAAAUCAAAUCAAAUCAAAUC